AUGGUUUAUAUAAAAGGGAGUGCGAUGGGUUACCACAUUGUCCAAAUGAUCGUUGGCGAUGAUGGCUGGGGUGUGGACGGGGUGGGGGAUGCGGGUGGUACGGUGCUGGAAGGUGUUGGAAGAGGUUGUGAUGGUGACACGGUACCGCAGGAUUUGGUUAUUGUAGGUUUCGCAAGAGUGGUGGUGGUAUACGAUACCAUGGGUUUGUGGGUUGUUAUUGUGGGUGUUAGGAAAGGUUGUGUUGAUACGGUACCGCGGGUUGUGGUUGUAGACGUUAUAAGAGUUGUGACGGUGGUACGGUACAGCAGAUGUUAUAAGAGUUGUGACGGUGAUACGGUACCGCGGGUUCCGGUUGUUGUAGAUGUUAUAAGAGUCGUAACGGUGAUAGGGUGCCGCGAGGUUGUGGUUAUUGUAGAUGUUGAGGAGGUUGGGAUGGCACGAUUUGUCAACAAAAUGCCGCCAAAGCCAUCUGCUAAGGGAGCAAAGAAAGCUGCAAAGUCACAAAAAGUUCGUGGCAGUGAUAAGAAGCGAAAAUCUCGACGUAAAGAAUCGUACUCCGCAUACAUCUAUCGUGUCUUGAAGCAGGUUCAUCCCGAUACAGGCAUUUCUUCGAAGGCAAUGUCGAUCAUGAAUUCGUUUGUGAACGAUGUUUUUGAGCGUAUCGCAGCUGAAGCAAGUCGUUUAGCUCAAUAUAAUAAGCGUUCUACGAUUUCGUCACGUGAAAUUCAAACUGCUGUUCGACUCAUUUUACCUGGUGAACUGGCGAAGCACGCUGUAUCUGAGGGGACCAAGGCUGUUACCAAAUAUACUAGUUCGAAAUAG